AACAACCUGACAGUAGGAUAAUGUGUACCAUAUGUCCUCAUUCCUCCGCCCUGUCAUCAGGCUAUAACACUGUAGGGCUGUCUAGGACUGUUCCAGGUCCACACAACAUCCACAAUAUUAGUGAGCAAGCCAAUGGAUCCGAUAUUACGGAGCAUGUCUAUCCAUAGCGUCCAUGAGGCCUGAGCUUUGUACCCACAUCCUCUCUUCUCAUGGAGGCUCCUGUGUAUCACGUGGUCUGGGGAAACAUCCAAUCAGAGAAAGGAGAUGCUGAAGCAGGCAGCGACUCUGAACAUCGCCAUCCUUAUCAAAGAGGUCUCCAAUAGAUUCUCCGUCUCCAGGUCGUUUUGACAGGAAAAGGACGUAUACUUAGCGUCGAAAUGGUGCAAAUGAUGGAGUCGCAAUGCGAGUACUUUAUGUAUUUUCCUGCGGUCCCCAUCUCAGACCUAUCGGACCCGGCCCGCUACAGAACGCUCCCCCGGAGGAGUCAUCUGUACCUGGGCGAGACUGUGCGCUUCCUUCUGGUGCUGCGGUGCAAAGACGUUCCUUCUGGAGGGACGCCGACGGACCUUCUGGGGGGCGCCGCAGGACUGGGCUUCGGCAGCGAGACCGCCAGCGGCCGGGCAUGGAGGGAGCUGGCCGGCUCUCUGUGCGCCGUCGCAAGCGUCAGCCCCGGCGAGGGCAGCCGCCACCGCUCUCACCAGGUCCCGCAUCACCACGACUACGACGGCAGAGGCGCCGAGGAUCCGGAGGAGGACUACAUGGCGGUUGCGGAGGCGGCCAUCGCGGCGCUGGGCAGCAGAGUGGACCCCCGGUGCCGCGGCUUCCGCGACUGCAAACCGCUGCUCAUCCAUAACUCGAUGGGCAGCGGGGAGCGGGAGUUCCGCAGGGCGCCUGUGCAGUCUCCGCUGGACGAGCCCGUAGUAUUGAGCGAUGAGGUCAUCUUCCCUCUUACAGUAUCGCUGGACAGACUUCCUGUGAACACUCUGAAGGUCAAGGUGAUGGUUACAGUGUGGAAGAAGGAAGCAGAGAAUGCAGAGGUGGAGGAGCAGGGCUACCUGAGCAUCCUCCAGCAGCGGGUCCCCACACACACCUUCAGACACGACCUCAACACCUUUAAAGCACAGGUGAGCACCACCCUGACGGUGCUGCCUCCUCCGACCGUGCGCUGUAAGCAGAUGACCGUCUCGGGGAAGCACCUGACCGUGCUGAAGGUGCUCAACGAGUCCUCCCAGGAAGAGGUGAGCGUGAGGGACGUCCGGAUAAUGCCCAACCUCAACUCCUCCUACCUGCCCAUGAUGCCCGACGGCUCGGUCAUGCUGGUGGACAACGUGUGCCACCAGUCAGAAGAGGUAGGCAUGGCCUCCUUCUGCAAGAUGGAGAGCGCCACCUCCAGUUUACCCAGCAUGCUCAGCACUCUGGAGGAACACGACUUCCUGUUUCAGCUGCACCUCAACGACUGUCCACAGGAUGACUCCAAAGAGGGGCUUGAGGUUCCCCUGGUCGCUGUGCUGCAGUGGUCCACGGCCAAGAUGCCUUUCACCAACUGUAUCUACACCCACUACAGGUUACCCAGCCUCCGCCUGGACCGCCCUCGCUUCGUGAUGACGGCCAGCUGCCCGAGCUCCGUCAGGGUGAAGGAGCACUUCAGGGUCAAGUACGUCCUGCUCAACAACCUGCAGGACUUCCUCGCCGUGAGACUGGUCUGGACACCGGACGGCCGGGGUCACUGUGAUGAUGCGGACCUGAGCGCCGUGGUGUGCCACACCCCCCUGAGUAACCUGGGCCACUGCCGCCGGGGCAGCACCCUGUCCUUCACCGUGGCCUUCCAGAUCCUCAAGCCCGGCCUGUACGAGCUGAGUCAGCACAUGAAGCUGAAGCUGCAGUUCACCGCCUCAGUGACCAACCCGCCCCCUGACGCCCGCCCACUCUCACGGAAGAACAGCCCCUCCAGCCCGGCGGUGAGGGACCUGCUGGACCGCCACCAGGCCAGCCUGGGCCGCUCGCAGUCCUUCUCCCACCAGCAGCCGUCCCGCUCACACAUCAUGAGGACGGGCAGUGCCAUGGAGCGGCGCGCUAUAACCCCUCCUGUGGGCUCCCCCGUGGGGAGACCGCUGUACCUGCCCCCCCCAGACAAGGCGCUGCUCUCCCUGGACAAGAUCGCCAAGAGAGAGUGCAAGGUCCUGGUGCUGGAGCCCAUCUGCUGAGAGACGGACGGGGGGAGGAGGAGAGCGCUGGAGCGAAAGAGAGUGACGGGGAAACAGGAGCUAAACAAGAAGUAGAUUGAGGGACCGAAGGCAAAAUAGCAGAAUACAUAUCAUCAAGUACAAAGUGUACACAAGUAACUGCUAGGUGGGGAAAAUAGACAAAAGGUCAUAUUGAGUUGGUUUAACACAAGAGAACAGGAGAUGACAUCUGGGGAUUCAGCAAAGCGUUGUUAAACAGGACAGUCCUUAACUAAAGACUGUCCAACGGGACAGUCCUUAACUAAAGACAGUUCAACGGGACAGUCCUUAACUAAAGAUCAUCCAACAGGACAUUCCUUAACUAAAGACCGUCCAACAGGACAGUCCUUAACUAAAGACCCUUCAACAGGACAGUCCUUAACUAAAGACAAAGGCUGUGUUCCAAUGGUGAGGAGGCUCCCUAUAACCUCAUGACCCAAAAGGGAAAGUCUUUGUUAGGGAGCUACUUUGUGAAAGUACUUGAAUGAAGCUGCAGAUUAGCAGCACUUGACAACCCAAAAAGUCACUUUGGCCGUUUGUGUCUAUUUACUGAAGGUCCAAGUCCCUAUGCUAGCUGUUCAUAUACAGUUCUCUUGAAAUAAUGAAGACACAUUAACCCGACAGACAUGUUAGAUAGGUACUCAUUCAAAUUCCUUGUGCCGCAUGGUCUCGUGGGAUAUCCUCCACCGACCGAGUAGCCUUCCCACGCUUCCUUGAAGCUUGCCCUAACUAGGCACCUAGUUAGGAUGUUUCCUCUGCUUCUUACUGUAUUGGAAUCUACGUCGCAACUCAGCAACUCAGACACAGAGAAAGUGUGGGCUACCCUUUCCAAGCUGCUGCUCACACCAGCAUGAAGGAGAACCAUCAAGUUAGCUCAGGGGAUUGACCUGUUCCUAGCGCUGGUCCCCCCUGAAUCCAGACAACCCUAGGACAUGAGGAGGCUCUGAGAACACAUUUUGUAGAAGGUGUCUUGAUCGGCCCCAACCCAGAAGACAUCCACUAAUUAGUAGAACACUGAUCCACUAAUUAGUAAAAC